AUGCCAGACAGACGACUCAAAAAUGCCAACAACGUGGCUCCUGGGCACAAGACAGCACAGCAGCACAGCAGCACAGCAGCACAGCAGCACAGCAGCACAGCAGCACCGCCGCCAUCCGUUGAUGAUGGCUUCGCGGGUCAGGCCGAGGCUACCAUCGGCACCAUCGCAAAACCCAUCAGUCGCUUGUGUAGCACCACCGUGUUUGGUGCACAAUCAAGAGCUAAACGUCCCGGCCAUUCCUCGGUCUCUUCACCGCAGUUCACCGCUUCUCUGACCAAGAAGAGGCCUAAUUUUGACAUAGAUGGACGUAGAAGCCACGAUCAAGGACGCAAGCCACCCAUGAGGUGUUCAGGAUACAGGUGGCAAGUCAUGUCUCGACAAAGGCAAGCUUUUAGUUUGAACACAUCACCAGCCGCACCGCCAGAAUGA